AUGGACCCCCGGGGGCCAGCCUCCCGGCCUUUCCAGAGGCCUGAGAAAACUGGUCGUGUCCGUCGCAGGAAGACCAGGCGGGAGCGUAAUGAGGCCCUGGUGGGCAGCCGCCGGCCAUUGGUCCGUCGGGAUCCUCCCUUGGCCAGUCGGGAUCCACCUGUGGCCCCUAAUGCCCACAAGCUCGUGGUCAUAACCCAGGGCCGGCUGAGCCGGGAGCACCGGGGUCUCUUCAACCAUGAGGUGAAAUCUCUGGACGUGGCACGGCUACUUAGCAGUGGGUCCCUGGAGCCAGUCACUCCUGCACUCCCCAUUAAGUCCUCCCCAAGCCCAGGCAGGGCCCAAGAACCAGCCCCACAGUCAAGGAGCAAGGAGAAGCAGGUGCCUGUAGGCUCGGGCCCAGGCCCACCCAGUCCCCUAGAGCUCCCUGGCUUGGGGCAGCUGCUGAAGGAGCUGCAGUGCCAGCUGAUUCUGCCACAGGCCUUCCCCAGGAGGAACCUAGUGCAAGAGACCAGGGAUGCCAUCGUGGGCACCUUACAGGCCUGCCAUGGCUGUGUGCCCGACCUUACCCUGGUGCUCCGGGACUGCCAGCCACGCUUGCCAGGGACCAAGCCUGGGGGCCCUGAGAGACGAAGGAUGACACCCUCCUGGAUCAACAACCCUGAGCAGGCCCCAGGGGAGGGGAGGCAGAAGAGGCGACAGGGGACAAAGGAGCUCACCUUCACCAUGUCUAACUCCUCCAGCACUCCCGCUAUACACAGAGUGAGCUUGGCACCACCAAAAGGUCCCUGGACACCCCCCUUACCCUCCUUGCCUUCACCAUCCGCAGCGGCCUGGGGUCCCCCAACAGCCUUUGACCUGCUGAAAAGCAUCUGGCUGGUAGCCACACCACCCCCUCCCCGGCCCAGGGUGGUUGGCCCACCACAGCCCCUGCCUCAGCCACCAUCACCCUUGUUGUCCCAAACCUCUGCCCUGGACUGGAGCCCCGCCUCCCCUGCCCCACUGCCUAGCCUCUCCUGGGUGGUGGCCCAGAGCAGCCCAGAGGCCUGGUCCUUCCCACCCAUGAGACUGUACUGA